CGUUCCCCUUCCUUCGUGAAGUUAGUCAUUUGACGCACACUCGUUCGAGAUCAUUCGAGAUUUCGCGAUCGCAGUGCACGUCAAUUAGUGUGAAACACACACUUGUCAUGGUUAUGACAGAACGUCUGAAUAUAUUUCCAGUGAAUUAUAAAGAGGCAAUAACUGAGGAAUGUGUCUUGCCGAGUUUGAUUACGCAAUUAUAGAUGAUGAACAUCAACGACAUUGACGACAGAUGAUUUUUCAAUAAUCGAGGCAUCGACGAGAAUCGCUGAUGGUCGAGCAACUCGAGCUUCCUCGGGUCGAUCAUCGUUUGCUUCAAGACAUGUGGACAUUCGAAAGCUUUUAGAAUGAGAUACGCAUUCUCUCAGGUUAUGGCAAGAAUCUCUCAAUGAGAGGAAUGGAAUAUUUUGACAGACUGUCAACCCCACGAAAGAAUCUCGACAUUUCAACAAAUUAAUUAAACUAAUCAUUUCAAGCGAUACUCGCAUGAUUAUUUUUAUGUCGAGUAAUCCUUGUGAUUCCGUUUCGACUGUAAAAAUUUUGUUAUCUUGACGAUAACAAGUAUCUUUUUGAUAUCGUCAUCAUGCCUUUGAAAAGAAGAAUACAAACACAUUCUCUUUCUGAAACAACAGCAAGAUGUUGACUCAACGAUUGAGCAAUCGAAGACUGUUGGUUGACUUCCUGGCGCUGAUGUUUGGUCUGGGUGCUUGGAUCGGUGUGAAUGGCAUAUAUGUACAACUGCCUCUUAUAGUGCACACUGCGCCAGAAGAAUGGAGCUUGCCCGCUCAUAUGGUGAUGCUGGUGCAAUUCGCCAAUUUAGGACCUAUACUGUACACUCUGUACAUAAAGUAUACUGCUUGGGCACACGAUAGAUAUAUUAUUUAUGGCCUAUUGAGCGCAGGAACGUGUGCUUGUAUCUUAUUGAGUUGGCUGUACGAUCAUACUUCAAUUGUAUUUGGUAAAGAACACUCGACUGCCCUCCUAUCGCUGAUGUUUGUGGUCGCCCUCGUUGGAUGUACAAGCUCUGUACUCUUCAUGCCGUACAUGAGAAAUUAUCGUGAGAUUUAUCUGGUAUCUUAUCUGGUUGGAGAAGGAUUAAGCGGAUUCAUACCGAGCACAGUUGCUCUAAUUCAAGGCGUCGGUAGCAAUCAAGCGUGCAUCAAUGUUACCAAGCCAGGAUCUCCCAUUCUAGAGUUCAUCUCUAAAUCAGAUCCGAGAUUCUCUUCUCAGAUAUUUUUUAUCUUUAUCGGUACCUUAUUGUGCCUGAGUUUCUUGUCGUUCUUAGGCUUAAAUUUUUUGCCCGUGGCACUUGGGGAAAGAGUCAAGCUCCCAAAUAGUAUGGAGAUGUUACCGACUGACACAACAGCACCACCUAGCUACAAAACUAAUUCCGGUUGGAAAAUGCCAAAACAUACAUAUUAUUAUUUAUUAAUCAUGAUGGCCAUAGUUUGUUUUCUUGGCAACGGUACUCUACCAAGUAUACAGUCAUAUUCCUGCCUACCAUACGGUAGUGUCGCAUAUCAUUUGACAGUCACGUUAGCUUCCAUAGCUGGUCCAUUGGCCAUGUCCAUAGGUUUCUUCAUUGAAACGCCAGCAGUUAAACUUCUUAAUACUCUUACAGCAAUUAUUUUAGUACUUUCAGCCAUUGUUUUAUACUUGGCGGUGGAAUCACCUCAUCCUCCCUUCCAACACUCAUGGAUAGGUGAAUUUAUGGUGGUUGUUUUAUGGAUAAUUCUUUGUGGCUUCAUAGGAUUUGUAAAGAUGGGCAUUACAACUUUGUAUCGACCUGAUCCUGGAAGAGGUCUUUAUUAUACUGGUGUUGCGACACAAAUGGGAUCUCUAUUAGGUGCGAUCACCACAUUUGGUUUGGUCAAUUAUGCACAAAUAUUUCAGUCUUAUUCCCCUUGCGAGUAUCUUAUGGAAAAUUAACGUAGCCUGUAUUUAGGUCAAUUACUUGCAUAUAGAUCAUUUAGAUAAUAUUAGAAAAUUGGAUUGUUUUGAUUUUUUUAUACA